CGCCUCCUCUCCGGGCUCCUGGAUGCGCCUGAGCGGCAGAAGAAGCCGGAGAAAGGAAAACGCGCGACCCUCUCCCCGUGAAAGCCGUCCACCUGCGCUCUGGAGAAGAUGCUGCUCAUGCCCCUUUCUAGCAGAAGCUUCGCCCCCCUUCUUCGGGCGGCGGGGGCCGUGCACCAGCUUCAGCUUCCCAGUUUCCCCCAGGAGAGGGGCUGCCACUUCGGAGGGGCCUCCCAUCGCCCUACGAAAGCCGCCACAAUCAAGAAGAGGGGCUAUGACAUCACCAGGAACCCCCAUCUGAACAAGGGCAUGGCCUUUACACUUGAGGAGAGACUCCAGCUCGGCAUUAACGUGCUUCCUCCUUGCUUCCUGAGCCAAGAGGUUCAAGUCCUCCGUGUUCUAAAGAGCUACGAGACCAAAUCCAGCGACCUAGACAAGUAUAUCAUCCUGAUGACCCUCCAAGACCGAAAUGAGAAGCUCUUCUACCGCGUUCUCACAUCGGAUAUAGAGAGAUUCAUGCCUAUUGUGUACACACCUACAGUCGGCUUGGCCUGUCAGCAGUACGGAUUGGCUUUCCGAAGGCCGCGCGGACUGUUCAUCACCAUUCAUGACAAAGGGCAUAUCGCGGCUAUGCUGAACUCGUGGCCUGAAGAAAACAUAAAGGCUGUCGUGGUGACAGAUGGAGAGAGAAUUCUAGGUCUGGGAGACCUAGGAAGUUACGGCAUGGGGAUCCCAGUAGGGAAACUUGCCCUGUACACAGCUUGUGGUGGCGUUCACCCUCAGCAGUGCCUUCCUGUCCUCCUAGAUGUUGGCACAGACAAUGAGGCCCUUCUGAACGAUCCGCUGUACAUUGGUCUGAAACACAAGAGGGUUCGUGGGAAGCAGUACGACGACCUGGUUGAUGAGUUCAUGCAGGCCGUCUCCAGCAAGUAUGGGAUGAAUUGCCUCAUUCAGUUUGAAGACUUUGCCAAUGCCAACGCGUUCCGACUUCUCAACAAAUACCGGAACCGAUACUGCAUGUUCAAUGACGACAUCCAGGGAACGGCUUCUGUCGCAGUCGCCGGCAUCUUUGCAGCUUUGAGGAUAAUAAAGAACAAGUUGUCGGACCAUAAGUUUGUUUUCCAAGGAGCUGGAGAGGCUGCCAUGGGCAUAGCCCACCUGAUCGUUAUGGCCCUGGAAAAGGAGGGCAUCCCGAGGGAAGAAGCGAUUCGAAAAAUCUGGAUGGUGGACUCCAAGGGACUCAUUGUCAAGGGCAGGAGUCACCUGAACCACGAGAAGGAGAUGUUUGCUCACGACCACCCCAGUGUGAAGACACUCGCAGAAGUCGUGCAGAGAGUCAAGCCAACGGCUCUUAUCGGGGUUGCUGCCAUCACAGGAGCGUUCACGGACCAGAUUUUGAAGGACAUGGCGACAUUCAAUGAGAGGCCGAUCGUUUUUGCCCUGAGUAACCCCACGAGCAAAUCAGAGUGUACGGCAGAGCAGUGCUACCGCUUGACACAGGGGCGUGGUAUAUUUGCAAGCGGGAGCCCGUUCCUGAAAGUGACCCUGCCGAGUGGAAAGACCUUCUUCCCCGGGCAAGGAAACAACGCCUAUGUGUUCCCUGGUGUUGCUCUAGGUGUCAUUGCCUGUGGGAUCCGGCACAUCUCUGACGACCUCUUUCUCCUCACUGCACAGUCAAUUGCGGAAGACGUCACUGAAGAGAAUCUCGCCGAAGGAAGAUUGUAUCCCCCGCUGAGCACCAUCCGAGACGUCUCCUUCAAAAUCGCUGUUAAAAUCGUUGACUAUGCCUACAAACACAACUUGGCCUCCUGGUACCCAGAACCUGAAGACAAAGAAGCCUUCGUUAGAGCUCUCAUUUACAGCCCCGACUACGACUCCUUUGCCGUCGAUCAUUACAGGUGGCCCCAGGAAGCCAUGCAGACGCAAAACGUCUAACGCUCUUCCCCCCCUCCCCUUCGUCUUCAAGACACUCUGACCCUUCCGACGCUCACAUUUUUACCAAAGCGGAUAUAAACGAAUCUUCGCAAUCGCAGACAUAAAACGGAAGGGUGAGCGAGAACGCGUCUUUCCUUCGUUCAGCUGCCUUUUUACCGAUCUGAGCCGGAAAACAGCACAAUGUCGGUGGGGCCAUUCGCGUUCUAAGGGAAUGGGAGCACAGGCCUGUGGGGAGGGGAUCUCGUUUUCAGUUUAAACACUCCCAGCAAGCGUUCUGCAUGAAGGAAGCUAUCCAAAGGAGC